AUGUCUAUAUUAUUUUAUUUAUUUGUGUUUUCUUUCGUCAAAAGUGCAUCAGGAGCUGCUGCUACUAUUCCCACUAGAGAUGUGAUAGACAAAAGUAAACCAGACACCGAAACUGUGCUGAGCGAAGCAGAUUUCCAGACUUACUCGUCAGUAAAAGAUGUCACAAGAAUAGGUAUCAAGGUGAAGGAUGACCCAACGAUAGGUAACAAGUUGGAAGGGGAUAUUGCUAUCGAAGAUAUCAAAAAGUUCAUAGAAGACAGCAACAAGUUGGGAAGGAAUGCCAUUCGACAAGCAUAUAGGUGAGA